AUGCCUCCCCUCUCCUCGCCGCCGGUCCUCCUGGGGCUCGCCCAGCUCCAAGCCUGCCUCUUCUGGAGCUGCCUGCUGUGGCUGCCGCCGCCGGCCGGCGGGCAGCCGCGGAGAAGCGCGCCGCCGCCCCCUCCCGCCGCGUGGCGGCAGAGGAUCCAGUGGGAGAACAACGGGCAGGUGUACAGCCUCCUCAGCCUGGGCGCCCAGUACCAACCGCCGCGCCGCGCGCACGCCCAGGAGCCCGCGCGAGGGGGCCACGUGCUGCUCCUCAGGGGCAACGACACCGCGCCGCGCAGGGCGCGAGCCGGGCCCGCCGCCGCCGCCACCACCACCACCACCACGACCAGGAGGCCCGAGGCGCGGCACUGGUUCCAGGCCGGCUACCAGCCCUCAGCCGGCAACAAUGGCGGCGGCGGCCACAGGCCUCAGCCCCGCGGAAGCUCUCCGAGGGAGCCCCAGGCGCGUCCCCUGGACAGCGCCCCCUCCAGGGCGGGCAACGGAAGCCGCCUGCGGCCUCCACGCCGGGAGGACGCCAUGGUGGGAGACGACCCCUACAACCCCUACAAGUACUCGGACGACAACCCCUACUACAACUACUACGACACCUACGAGCGCUCCCGGCAGGACGGCCGCUACAGGCCCGGCUACGGCACCGGCUACUUCCAGUACGGUCUUCCUGACUUAGUACCGGAUCCUUAUUAUAUCCAAGCAUCCACUUAUGUCCAGAGGACAUCCAUGUACAACCUGAGGUGUGCUGCUGAGGAGAAUUGCCUGGCAAGUUCAGCUUAUAGAUCAGAUGUCAGAGACUAUGAUAACAGAGUGCUUCUGAGAUUCCCUCAGAGAGUGAAAAAUCAAGGCACAUCAGAUUUUUUACCAAGCAGACCACGAUACUCUUGGGAGUGGCACAGCUGUCAUCAGCAUUACCACAGUAUGGAUGAAUUCAGCCAUUAUGACUUGCUUGAAGCAAGCUCACAGAGGAGAGUAGCUGAAGGACACAAAGCAAGUUUUUGUCUUGAAGAUACUUCUUGUGAUUACGGAUACUAUAGACGAUUCGCAUGUACAGCACAUACACAGGGAUUGAGUCCUGGCUGCUACGACACCUACAAUGCUGACAUAGACUGCCAGUGGAUUGAUAUUACAGAUGUAAAGCCUGGAAAUUACAUAUUGAAGGUUAGUGUAAACCCCAGCUAUUUGGUACCAGAAUCAGACUACUCCAACAAUGUAGUACGUUGUGAUAUACGUUAUACUGGCCACCAUGCGUAUGCCUCUGGCUGCACAAUUUCACCGUAA